AUGCUGCGAAUCACACGGCUCAGGGUGAUCACGCUGCUUCUAUGUUGCAUCGUGACGUUCCAUGUGUUUCCGAUCGUGUCUGCGCCCUUGACACACAUCAAUCUGGCGCGGUUUGACAUCUACGAGUACGGAAUCUUUGGGUGGUGCACUGUGCCGCCGGACCGGUACUGCACUGACCGCGGCAUCGGUUACAGCAGUAAUGUGGCCACCGAUUCAUUACUUGAGCUGACUCUGCCCUCGCACUCCAAAUUCAGCAUCUCACGUCUUCUCGUCGUCCAUUUCAUUGCGUUUGCGCUCAGCGCGGUGCUUCUCGUGCUGUGUGCUGUGUGCGAUGUGUCCCCCAAGCUACGAGAUUCGACAAACGCGAUCCAGUGUGCACUGCUGCUGUCGCUGACCGUGUUCCUGUUCUCACUGCUGAGCUUUCUAGUGGACAUCCUACUGUUCACGACGUUUCUGAAUUGGCCUGGGUGGUUAAUGCUGGCGACCACGGUCAUCUCCGCGGUCGUCGCGUCAAUGCUCGGGUCGCUCCGCCGCAUGGUCUCGCUCAAGAACUACGAGAGAACAAGCCACAGGGCAGGGUUCCCACCUCGCACAGAGACUUUCCCUCUACACUCGCUCAAACAAGUGGGAUCCCUGCCAGCAGGCAGACGCAGAGGCCCCGACGCGGUCACCAUGUCUUUCUCUAGCAGAGAAAGACUCGGGGAACAAAUCACGGAGCCGCAAGUCUCCUACUACAACCUGAUAGACUGA